GAUGUGUGGCGGCCAAAUCAAACGUCGGGGUCAUAUCUAUGGGUCCCUUCUUUUUGCGCGGGAAACCCGCACUAUUGGUCCCUGGCAACAGUUGACCGAGGGAACGUAGACACUCAGACUAAACGGGAGCAAAGAGCAGUUUGACGGACUCCGCGCAUAACUUGUUUCUUACCUAUCGAAUACUUUUACCAGAUCGAUCGCGUGUUAGGUCGGCAACAAUAUUCAAGUGAACGAGCCUGGCACUCACGCAAUGGCAUUAUCAGACCAUCCCUAUCAGAAGCUCGACAUUGACGAGCGAGUGAAGCGGGUUCUGCUUAGGACGCCGCUCAUCGACGGCCACAAUGACCUACCUCAGCAACCGCGGGCAUGCUUUCACGGCAAGAUUCACAACAACCCGAAAUUCGACUUCGCAAAUGGAUUCGAAAGGGGAAUGACGGAUAUCCCUCGAUUGAGGGAGGGUGCUGUUGGAGGCCAGUUCUGGUCCAUCUGCGUCCCCUGUCUCAGGUCCGCGGAGAACUUUUCAACAGCAGAGUACUCGGACAUGGCGCGCGACGCCAUUGAACAGAUUGAUAUGACGCUCCGGCUUGUUGAGUCGUACCCUGAGACGUUUGAGUUGGUGAAUGGGCCAAAUGACGUGAAGAAGAUUUACGAGUCGGGGAGGAUAGCUUGCUCUAUCGGUAUUGAAGGAUUGCACAUGGCUGGCAACAGUAUCGGGAUCAUUAGAGCAUUCUACCGCCUAGGCGUCAGAUACUGCACUCUCACUCACGUUUGCAACAAUGCCUUCGCCGAUAGCUCGACAUCCAAAGUCGGCGCUGUCCACGGUGGACUGUCUAAGCUGGGUCGUGCGGCAUUGGUUGAGAUGAACAGAUUAGGAAUGAUCGUAGACAUAUCGCACGUCUCAGAAGACUGCGCCAAGCAAGUCCUCGAGCAGACCCGCGCGCCAAUCAUGUUCUCCCACUCCAACGUCAAGGGCGUGUUCGACUGUCCCCGCAACGUCCCGGACCACAUCCUAGACAUGGUCCCAGCCAAUGGUGGCAUCAUGAUGGUAACUUUUGUCCCGGAGCACGUCACCACGCGAAGAAGAGACGCCAAGAUGGAUAUGGUCCUCGAUCACUUAUUUUACGUUGCCGAGCGCAUCGGCUGGGACCACGUCGGUCUCGGUUCCGAUUUUGACGGUAUCGCGUCGGUUAUCCCUGGUUUGGAAGACGUCAAGUGCUACCCGAGACUUCUCAAGGCUAUUCUCGAUAGGGGUGCCACCGAGGAGCAACUUGCCAAGGUGGCUGGUGAGAAUAUCUUGAGAGUGUGGCGUGGUGUUGAGAAGAUUAGGGAUGAGAUGAAGACUGAAGGAGUCCUGCCGGUUGAGGAUGUGUGGGAAGAUCGGACUUGGUGGAGGUAUGAUGGGUAUUACCAGAUGCCGGAUCCUGAUCCUGAGGAUAAGUUAGGCUUGGACUGGUAUGGUGUUCCGCCUCCAGAUGAGGGCUUGUAUCUGGACGACAAAUAGGGGGCAGAGUUGUUAUGUCACUACGGAUAUGUGUAGGAGAAUUGUCUGAAGCCGAGAAAUUUCAUGUUUUAGUUACUUCAUAAGGAUGUUGAAUGAAUGACGUGUGGAU